AUGUACUACGAUGCUAGAAGUGAUGCUGAUUUCGCCACAGAUGAACCGCGACGGUCUGGUCGCGCAACCAAGGGCCAACACACGAAAGAUCGUGAUGUUGCCGAAGACACGCCUGCGAAAAAGAGGGGAGGCAGGGCGAAGGGAUCCAAAGCCAAAGCUGCGGAGCCAGAAGAACAGGGCGAAAUCAUCCGUUGUGUCUGCGGGACAUACGAGGAGGAGGAAGAUGUCCCUCGUGCCAUGAUAUGCUGCGACCGCUGCUCGGCAUGGCAACACAACAGUUGCAUGGGUCUUCCCGAAGAUUACGAGGUCGACACCUACUUUUGCGAACAGUGUAAACCGGAGAAUCACAAGCCUCUUUUGCAAGCCAUUGCCAGAGGAGAAAAGCCCUGGGAAGAAGCGACCAGACAGAGAGAAGCAGAGAAAGCGAGGAAAAAAGGCGGACGGAAAGGCGGUCGCAAGUCAGGAGGACCCCGUGCCAGUGAAGUGACUUCUCAUGCUUCCCCGGAAGCGGAAGACACGACACCGCAGGCACCUGCCACCGGACAAAAGCGCAAGCUUGAAGACUCUCCAAGUAUGCCAGAACUAAAGAACAAGAAGGUCCGGGGGACACCUGCUGCGGAGGCCAAUGGUUCCAAAGCAGCCACUCCUGCCCACAAACCCAGUCAUUCCGAGACUCCCUCCAGGCAUGCGUCGAGAUCAGAGUCGGUUUCUGCUGUUGUAUCAGAUGUGAAGGAACUUGCGAAUGCUGCGAGAAAGCAAGCGGCAUCAACUUUGGUCAAGCUCAUAGAACAACAAAUCAAAGACGCUGUAAAACAAGGCGAAUAUGCCGUUCCUGCGGGCUCGAAUGCGAGCGAUAUCGCAAACGACCUUGGCUUGGGUCUUGAACACGCGCUGUAUCAAGUCCAAGUCGGCGGCAACGGUGACCCGAACGAAGCUUACAAAGCCCAACUGCGAUCGAUAACCUUCAACGUGAAGAAGAAUCAUGCAUUAGGACUGCGCCUACUAAAGGGGGAGCUUACUCCUCGUAUGCUUGCGGCGAUGGAUCCGAAGGACAUGGCCAGUGAAGAGCAGAAGAGAAAGGAUGCGGCUGUCAUCAAAGAGCUGGAGAAACAACAUACCAUCGUCGAGGAAGAGGGGCCCCGCAUCAGACGCACACACAAGGGAGAAGAGUACGUGGACGAAUCCAGACAGGUUGCGGCAGAGUCGGAGACUUCAAAUGCACCUGUACGGAAACCAAGCGUUGCCGACCAAGAGAUCGAGCCCAAGAGCCCUGUUGUCAAGACACCCAGUGAAGCGACAUCAGGCGAUCCUGGUAGAGGGUCGAUAUCUCAGUCAAGACCCUCGACCGCCACUGACAGCGCUCGUAAGCAGUCGGCCUCUAAUUUCGACAUUAACAAGGUCUGGUCCAAUGUCCAGGGAUCUCCGGAUGGCGAAGGCCAGCAACGAUUCGGCGAAUUGCCCCAGCAAUCCCCAGGAGUGGCCAUUCGAGAGCCUGUGGGACCUGGUGCAAAAGCGGACGCCGACAUUGACGAGCUCCUCAAGGAUGAAGAUGCCGAAUCUCCGCCAUACUCGCCAAAGGCAGAUACAUCGGCCGCGGACGGUGUUGUUUGGAGAGGCGUCGUUAACGGCAACAGUCUCGGUCGGUUUCAUGCGACCGCCAGAUACGCAGCUGGCGCGACGCCUGACUGUGAUACUUUACGCAUGACCUACAGCCAAUUGAUACCAGCUGAGAUAUCCAUCGGAGGUCGAAUCCAACCCGCGCGAGCAGACGAAUACCUUUGUGGGCUGGAGUACAGCAGCAGCUCAGAUCUCGUUAUUGUCUGGAUGCCGGAGCCGCAGAACUCGCACGAUCAAGAACAAUUCGACAGGUUGUUUCGGUACUUCAGAACCAAAGACCGCUUCGGUGUGGGCAUUCAGCAUCAGAAUCCGGCGAUCAAAGACAUCUAUCUGAUCCCACUCGAGGCAGGUCAGGAACUGCCUACUUGGGUCAAGAAGCUCGAAACCGACUUUCCCGACCCGGCGCGCGAGCGGAUGUUUUUGAUCCCAAUCGUUAUCAAGAAUAGCGAGUUGCCUCAUAACAUGGCCGCGUCGAUGGCGGACGGUUCGAAUCAGAGCCCGUCUGUACAAGGAUCUUUGGUCGCACAAACCCCGAUUACACCGCACGAAGCUACUUUUGAUCAAUCGGGACAGCAAACAUACCACAAUGCAUACGGACAACAGGCGCCAAUGUCUGGGGCUCCAUCGGGUGGUUCCGCUAAUGGCACACCAGCACACAUGGUACCGCCGCCGGGGCAAGCCCAUCCGUAUCCUCAUCCCGUCACACCACAUCCUCAAACGUUUCCGACGCCGACUGGGGCCUCCGCUGCUUCUGGCAGCCUACAGUACGCCACUCCACAGUCGUAUCAGCCGCAGCAGCAAUCUCAGCCUCCACCUCCCCCACCAGUUUCCAUGGCGAACGCACAAAAGGUUUUGGGACCUUUGGCUUCCACUCCAGCUGUAGUCCAUCUAUGCUGGCAAGUCCCUACAGCGGGCGAAAACGAAUUUAAAGUCAUCAAAGAGUGUCUGGAGAAGAAUCCAGAAGCUGGAAAGAGUCUAGAGGCUUUGACGGCGAUGUUGCAGCAUUUCACGGGUCCUAGCUCCGCCACCGCGACUACUGAUACUAGCAGCAGUAAUGCCAAUACAGCUGUUAAACCUGGCGGCCGAAGUGUCAGUACAGCUGCUGAUACUGGCAGCAGUACUGUCAGUAGUGGCCCGGUUUGA